AUGGGAAUACCUAAAUUUUUCAGAUGGCUUACAAGGCGCUAUCCACUUAUACUCUAAAAUGUAUAGAAAGAGGAAGACGUCCCACCCAUCGAUAACCUUUACCUUGAUCUAAAUGGAAUAGUUCAUAAUUCAAUUCACGGUAACGAUGCAUCGAGGCAUGAAAAGGUUAGUAAGCUAGAAGACUUCGAUGAAGUGUGGGUAGCAAUAAUGAAUGCUAUUGAUGAGAUAGUGCAUACAAUCAAGCCAUAAAAAAUAUUACUUCUUGCAGUAGAUGGAGUAGCACCAAGAGCUAAAAUGAAUCAGCAGAGAGCAAGAAGAUUCAGGAGCGCAAAAGAUGCUCAAGAGCUUAAAAAUAAGCUUAAAGAAGAAGGGAAAGAUGCUCCCGAUCUCUUUGAUACUAAUGCAAUUUCACCUGGAACUUAAUUCAUGCAUGAUUUGUGCAAGUAAUUGCACUUCUUUAUAUAGUAUAAACUAGCCACUGACCCCCUAUAUCAAAAGCUCACAAAAAUAUUUGUAUCAGAUGGUACUGUGCCUGGAGAAGGAGAGCAUAAAAUGAUGGAUUUUAUCAGAUAAGCUAAGUCUAAGCCUGACUAUGAUCCAAAUACUAGGCAUUGUUUUUAUGGAGCAGAUGCUGAUUUGAUCAUGCUUUCCCUAGUCACUCAUGAACCCCACUUUAUCAUUAUUAGAGAAGAGCAUAUAAUAAAAAAGAAUAAACAGGGAGGAGUUCAAAGAGUUGAUUAAAAGAAAUAGGUCAACUAUUAAGUCAUUUACAUAAAUAUCCUGAGAGAAUACUUCCAGCUAGAGUAUCAGGAUCUAAAGGAAAAAAUGAAGACGCCAUUUGAUCUUGAAAGAAUUAUUGAUGAUUUCGUAUUUUUCUGCUUUUUCAUAGGAAAUGACUUUUUACCCUCAUUGAGUGCUCUUGAUAUUGCCGAGGGUUCACUUGACGGCUUGAUUAGUUUAUAUAGAAAACUUUUGCCUAAGAUGGACAGCUAUAUCACUGAAACAGGAAGCAUUCACUGGGAUAAAGCUGAGCCAUUUAUUCAAAUGCUUGGAUCUCAUGAACAUUAAACUUUCAGUAGCAGAAUAUCAUAAAUGAGGUAGCCUAAAGGUUAGGAGAAAAAAACUACAAGGACUGUCGUUAGAAUUAACGAAAAUGAUGUGCUUAUAGAUAGACAGGAGGAAAUAACUCGACUCAUCAAAGAUAGAAUAACUGAAAAGAAAAUUAAGAAAAUUAAAACACUGGCAGAAAAAUCAAAGGAUAAAAGUUAUAAGAAGAUGUAGCUGAUCAAGAAAUAUACAGAAGAGCAGAUUGAUGAUGAAAAAUAUCAUUUGCUAAAGAUUAAAUAUUAAGAGAUUUUAAGAAGACAGAAAAAUAAUGGUUCAGAUGAAUUUAAAGGUUAGGAGAUAGAGGUGUCAGAGUCAAUAAAAAUCUUAAUUAAAGAAAUAGAUGAGACUCACUUAUCUGACUUAAAUGUUGAUGACAUCGAUGAUGGAGAGAUAAGUGAUGUUGAUGAGAAAGAAAUUGAUGUCAAAUCUAUUGAUGACAGAAUUUUGAAACAGAAAAUAGUAAUGACUGAAAAUUAAGGACCAUAAUAAGAUCUCAUUGAGAAAUAUCUAUCAAUGAAUGUCGAGUUUAUGAAAAAGUUUGUGAAGCUAUAUGCUAUUGAUCCUUAAUCGGCUAAAGCAAUGUUCUAUCAAUCAAAAGUUAAAAUUGAUAUUCAGACUGUUGAGGGACAAUAAUAGAAAAAGAGAAUGCUUAAAAAGUAUCUCGAAGGGCUGUAAUGGGUCUUAUUCUAUUACUAUAGAGGAGCUUAACAUUGGAGAUGGUAUUAUCCCUAUCAUUACGCCCCAAUGAUAUCAGAUAUUGGAGAAAAUAUUGUCCAUAACUAUUUGGAUGGCUAGAGAACAAUAUCACUUUUUGAAAUAGAUGAGAAUUGCUCAUAAGUCAACUAGCCAUACACACCUUUUUAGCAAUUGCUAUCUAUUCUACCUGCACGAAGCGCAAAAUUGCUUCCAUAACCUUACUCUUAAAUAAUACUUGGAGAAUUAAGGAAAUACUUUCCAGAUGACUUUGAAUUAGAUUUGAAUGGAAGAUCUUUACCAUGGGAAGCAGUUUGUUUAAUUCCAUUUGUUGAUGAAAAAAUAUUCCUUGACAGUGAAUGCAUUCUGUUUUAGAGUAGAUAAUUGGAUUAAGCUGAAAAUCAUCGCAAUGUAGUUAAAUUUGAUUUCUUAGCUUACAGCUAUAAUGAUUUGGUGGCUAAGAAAUCUGAAAUAACAAUCUUAGAAAGUUCAUUAAAGGAUAUGAGAUCUAUAAGAAAAUGCUUUGAUGAGGAAAUAAUCCAUGAAUAUGCCAAUGUUGGUCAAGCCUCAUUCUAGCCUAGAUUGUUAAAUGGAGUAAUUUCACCUUAGAAAGAUUUUCCUAGCUUGACAUGGUUAGAAGUAAAGUCAAUAUCAUUUGAUAAAGUCUAUAUCUAAUAAGUCGGGUUUAAAAGACUCAUGCUAAAUAUACAGCCAAGCUAACAUGAAAUAGAGCCUGAAGAUCUAGAAAGGUAUGCUAAAAGUUUCUUAUAGAGGUAGAAAGAAGGUUUCUAUAUUGGUUUCCCUUUCUAAAUAGAAGGACUACCUCAUAAAUUUGAAGAUGACUAUAAAGUCUACUCAAUAUACGAUGAUUAAUACUAGAAAAAGGAAACCUUGAGACUCCAUAUAUCAGACUAAAGACUUGAUGGUGGAAGAUACGGAAAGAUGAUUGAAAGAGCUGAGUAUAAACUAAAGGAAUAAGGUAUAUAGCUGGUAAAUCCAAUUGCUUUUGUUACAUUCGCUAGAAUUUAAUCAGUUAGAUAUGAUAAGAAAUUAAAAAAGUAUCACAAGUAUUACAAUGAACUCACAGAAACUUUACCACUUUGCAUGAUUAUGAAUAAUAGACACAAUGAUCAUUACUUAAAUGUCAACUAAAGAUGUGAUUAAUACUUGAAAAGUCUAAAAGUUGGAUCUGAAAUUGUCUGUUUAAAUGCUCCAGUAUACGGAUUGAUGGGGAAAAUCUCUUCAGUUGAUUAUAAAAGAAAUGCAGUCAAAGUGGAAUUUGAUAAAGAAGCUGAACAAUCUAAGAUUCAUGAUCCAUUUCUUGGUAAAACUUGCGUUUAGAAUGAGAACUUCAUCAGAAAAGAUUAAAUUAUAAAGUUCUAUAGGGAAAGAGCAGUAGAAGAGAAACUCUAGCUAAAGGCUGGUGUGCUGAACAGAAUUACCAGUUCAUUCUUAGUUGUAUAUGAGGAACCAGUAACAAAUCAGAGAUUUGUAAUUGAACUUGGAUUGAAUAUUAAAAACUAUCUGAAAAAGGUUCAUAUUCCUCAUUAUGUGAGACAUGUGGUUCUAGAUGAUGAAGAGUUUUAUAAAAGAAAAUUUGAGAUGAGAGAUGACAGCCAACAUUCAUUUGGUAAUUCAGAGAGAAGAAGACAGUGGGAGUACUCUGAGGAAUGUUUAAAGAUUUUGAUAGAAUACAAAGAGAAGUACCCUGAGGUAUUUGACCAAGUGCAUAAAUGCAUUAAACAAGACAUUCACAUUCUAUCUCUAAAUGAGCUCUUUACUAAGUAAAGCUUACCAAAUGCAUACCAAAGAAUAAGAUCUAUUGCAGAUUGGAUUUCAUCUCUGUCUAUUUCUAAACUACCUUAUGUUAGUCUGGGAUUUGAAUCAUUGCAGUAAGACUUACUACAUAAGAUUUAGAAUUAUUAAGAUCAUAUUAAAGAAAAUAAGUUAAGCAUUUAGCUUAAAGUCAAGAAAUACGAGUAUUUCUUAGUAUCAGGAAUAUUUGCAGAGUCCUUUCCUUACUGGGGUCUGCCGUUUUCUGAUAAAGUAGCAGAUGACUUUAAUGUAGGGGAUAGAGUUAUGAAUCUAAAUUCUUCUAAAAGAGAAUAUGUACCAUUUGGCUUCAGAGGAACAGUAGUAGGCAAAACUAGGGAUGAGGUUCUGGUUAUGUUUGAUGACUAAUUCCUUGGUGGAACAGACUUGAAUGGAUAAUGCCAAAAAUACAAAGGCUGUUAGCUUAAUCCCAAUUACUUGCUUAAUCUUACUCAUAAGUUCAAAUCAAUUUUGAAGAAAGACAAGAAUAUUAUUCUAUCAUUCUAAGAAAUGCCAAUGACUGAGUCAGAAUUGAAUACUUUAAUCAAAGUAUAAAAGAAAGAAUAGAAGUUAGAGUUACAUAACUCAAACUCGAAUUCCCUUGGAUAUACUAAGUCUGCUGAGACUUAAUCCUAUUCUCAAAUUAAAGUUCAAAAAUCAAAGUAAAAGGAUUAUCACUCAGAUUUUGAAAGUAGCGAGUAGAGCAAAACAUAAGAAGAGUCAUCAUCAUCUCACAGGAAAGUUUCUUAUGUUCCUAAGAAUAAUAAAGAGGAAUAAAAGAUUAAAAGUGAUUAAGGCAGCAACUACGAAAAGAAAAAGAGUAACAAUGGUGAUUCAUCUUAGAAGAAAUGGGUUCCCAAAGCAAAACAAAAUUAAGAGGAAGAGAAAAUAAAUACAAUAGUUGAAUGA